CCGGCGUCGCCUCCCUCCCGCUACCCACUACAGCCUCAUGGUGGAGGCCUGCCGGGGCGAUGCCUGCCGCCUUUAUAAUGAACUUUCCCGCAUAUUGCUGCCGCCCAUCUUGGCUCGUGUCUCUCUUCCUAUUUGCCUCGAUCCCUGUCCGCUUCUGCAGCUAUACACACGCAUCUCGUAGCUGCGCGGAGACUAUCUAGCCAACGACUUCACUCGUCGACCAUCAACUCCACUUUACUAUUGUAUUAGCCCUCGGGUAGAGGGGCACUCUACCCACUUCUCAUCGUACAUGUUUGCGUACCGAAUUCGGCCGGCGCCUUCAGGUCGCCAAAACUUUGCCCGUUCACGCUCCCAGUAUCACCGCCACGACCAUCACCGCCACAACCACUAUCAGCCCCGAUGCUUCGACAACUGCGCCGGCGUCUCGGUGGAGGAGUGGAACGAAGUGUGCCAGCGGAAUAAGACCACGAGCGGGAGCCACGAGGCCCUGACGCGCGAGAACGAGACGCUCAAGUAUGAGAACGAGACGCUCAGGGAUAACAACAGGGCCCUCAAGGAGGACAACAAGACUCUCAGGGACGACAACCUGGCCCUCAAGGACGCGCUCGAGACGUCGGCCGAGGAGAACAAGCGGCUGCAGGCGGGCGCGGAGACGCUGGUGAGCGAGCUCGAGGGGCUGCGGCUGGCGCGGUCGCGGGACAGCGAAAGCUCAGAGCGGUACCGGCGGCGGGUGGCGGCUCUGAAAGCGGACGUGGAGGGGCAGGCGCGGGAGCUGGAGCGGCGGGGGCGCGAGAACGGGACGCUGUCGGCGCGGGUGCGGGUGCUGACGGAGACGGUGUCGGACGGGGCGCGACGGGCGGCGGACCUGGCGGCGAGCCGCGACCGCUGGCGCAAGCGCGCCGACGACCUGCAGACCCUCCUCGACGAUCUGCGCGGCCGCUACGAGCGCGCGCGCCGCUCCCUCGCCGCCCGCAGCUCCGACCUCGCCGACCGCGACAUCCUCGUCGAGGAGCAGCGCCGCACCAUCCACCGCCUCGAGACCGCCAUCCCGUCCCGCCGCCGGUACAGCUUCGCGUAGGUAAAGGGAAGAGGAAAGGAGAGAGAGAAAGGGGGGAAAGGGGGGGGCAAAGGGGGGAGGAUAGGGCAUCCGCCCGCCUCCGCGGUUCUAGUUCAUUAGCCGAGGCGUGUCACACGUUGAGACCACACAGUUCAGGGGCUUAAUCGGCACGGCGUCGUCGACGAGCCGGUUCUUUUUCACCUC